AAGCCCCUCGACCAAAAAUGGAAAAAGUGAUGAACGGACACGAUCUACUCUAUCGUCUUGCACGCUUCUAAAGAGUUUAAGACCAUCCGAUUUACAAAUGAAGGUUCUCUUUGUCAUCAAUAUUGCUAAUGUGAACUAGAAGGCGUAAGACUGAACAAUUGCUGUUUUGUGUGGAGAUCUCUCCUCUGGCACAGGAAACAUAACAUGUCUGGCUUACUGAAGAAGGUCAGGGUUUGAAUUAUGGUUAUUGCCUCACAAGUUUCUCAUUCAAGAUAAAUAGUUUCCCGCCGCCUUCGACUCUGCUAUUUAUAUCCCCCAGCAACAACCAAAUUUAAAAGAAAAGGUAUUCAGGAAGGAAGCUGGAGUAGCAGAAGCAAUAAUAGCAAUUCCUCACUGCCCUGGGACGAGAACAGACAAAAAUCAAAAGCAGCAGUAAAGUUGAAAGGACAGAAGAAAUCAUUAUUGUCAUCAUGACAGAAAAAUUUUCUGCAACUUUGAGAUUGGGUGACCUCAAUGACUUCAUAGCCCCUUCGCAGUCUUGUAUUGUUUCCUUGAAAGGGCUCAAGGCAAUCCCAAAAGCGGAGAUUCAAGAGAGGCAACCCUCAAGAUUAGACCCCGCUCAAGUAGAGCCAGUCAAAGUUACGCUCCAUGAUUGUUUGGCAUGCAGUGGCUGCUUAACAUCUGCGGAGACAGUUAUGCUGGAGCAGCAAAGUGUCAGUGAGUUUCUUUCUCGCAUUACAGCCAAAGAAACUGAUGUUAUUGUAUCAAUUUCCCCACAGUCCAGAGCAUCUUUAGCAACUUAUUAUGGUCUUACCCCUUUGCAGGUAUUUAAGAAGCUCACUGGUUUUUUGAAGUCUCUUGGUGUUAAGGCAGUGUUUGACACGAGCUGUAGCAGAGACUUGUCACUUAUUGAAUCCUGUGUAGAGUUUGUCAAGCGAUACAAGGGACAGUUUAAGGGUGGUGUCGAGCAAUUGAAGUCAAGCCUACCAAUGUUGGCAUCUGCUUGUCCUGGUUGGAUAUGCUAUGCUGAGAAAACACUUGGAUCAUACAUUCUACCAUAUAUCAGCACUACCAAAAGCCCUCAACAGGCAAUUGGCACAAUUAUCAAGCAUCAUGUCUGCAAGAAAAUGGGCCUCACGACAGAAAAAGUGUACCAUGUGACUAUAAUGCCCUGUUAUGACAAGAAACUGGAAGCUGCAAGGGAUGAUUUUAUAUUUUCAGUUGAACGUCAAGGAGAGACGGGUCAAGAAGCUGCGGGACCCAGGGUAUCUGAAGUGGAUUGUGUUUUAACAUCUGGAGAAAUGUUAGAUUUGUUUAAGGCAAAAAAUAUUGACUUCAUGUCCCUAGAAGAAGCCCCUCUUGAUAGAUUGUUGACAAAUGUUGACGGUGAAGGCCACCUAUAUGGUGUUCGAGGGGGUUCUGGUGGUUAUGCCGAGACUAUUUUCUGCCAUGCAGCUAAACAAAUAUUUGAAAAAGACAUUGAAGGACCACUUGAAUUCAAAAUAUUAAGAAAUUCAGAUUUCCGAGAAGUUUCUUUAGAGGUCAAUGGACAAAGUGUAUUAAAAUUUGCACUUUGUUAUGGAUUCCGAAACCUCCAGAAUAUUGUUCGGAAAAUAAAAGCGGGAAAGUGUGAAUAUCACUUUGUGGAGGUCAUGGCUUGUCCUGCAGGUUGCUUGAAUGGUGGAGGUCAGAUCAAGCCCAAGAAGGGACAAUCUAUGAAGGAUUUGAUUCAGUCAUUAGAACGUUCAUAUUUGCAAGAGAUCUUAGUAGCCGAUCCCUUUGAAAACACCUUGGUAAAAGGCUUAUAUGAUGAGUGGUUAGGCCAACCUGGAUCAGAGACAGCGGAAAAGUUCAUGCAUACAGAAUAUCAUUAUCGCGAAAGAAGUUUAAACUCAGAGUUGGUUAAUUGGUGAACGAUAAUUCAUAUUUAGGGUAUGAAAAUUUUCUUUAGAAAAAGAGGUGACUAAAAUGGUAUCCACAGGUGAGUAAAUCCUAUGAGUGAGUUUCAACUCAUAUUCAUUGUAUUCUCUCAAAAAAUGAAAUGUGUAUGAUAAUAAUAUUAGCUAGUGGGAAAGUUGCAAUUUCAUUGAUUUAUCUGUUCUAGACAUUAUUCUUAUUCUCAUACAUCUGUGACAAUUUUGUGUCUCGUAUAUGAAAGAGGAAGUAAAUUAUUCCCUUUCAGAGCUACCAUAAAUAUUCCCAAUUUUCCAUUCAAAUUCUUUUGAAAUUGAUUUCAUGCUUCUCUUUCAAA